CUGGAAAUCCUCUCGGACGUGGCAGGCUUGUCGCUGGAAAUCCAAAAGCUCGAGCAUGAUGUGUUACCCCAGCUCAAGCUUCAGGAGGCUAAGCUGGAAAGGGGCGCCCUGGAAGCCCUCCUACUCAUGAAGAACUCAGCUGUUGCGCUCUUACAUUUGAGGAAGUGCUUUAAGGAAGACUUGGGCGUAUUGCUUGCCAAGGAGGAUCUGGUCUCAGCCAAAGUCAAAAGGCUGAGCAAAAUGCUAAAGUAUAUUGCUGUCCGGUUGCUUCAGGAGCGUGAAUGCAACAUUGUCGGGCUUCAGGAGCGUGUCCGGUUGCUGGUCCAGCUGGUCACCGAGGUGUUGAACACCCCGGUUCAUUUCGAUGAUUCUGAUGAGUCUUCUGAUGAGUCUUCUGAUGAGUAGACUUAUCAGCCAGCUCGAGACUGUUGUGAUGAGUGUUUCUUAGGGGCGUGGCAAACAGUUUAGAAUCGAAUGUUGCGAUGUAUUUCUUGUAACCUCCUUUAUGUUUGGAUGUGUUAUUAAUGGAUUUUAAAUUUUAUGUA